GAGUUACAUGAUGUCUUCAAUCUGCCUCAUGACAGACCUUAUUUCAAAAGGUCUAAUGCUUAUCAUUUUCCAGAUGAACCAUACAAAGAUGGUUACAUUAGAAAUCCUCAUACUUAUCUUAAUCCACCUAACAUAGAGACUGGUAUGAUUUAUGUGGUCCAGGGCACAUAUGGUUAUCAUCAUUACAUGCAGGAUCGGAUCGAUGACAAUGGCUGGGGCUGUGCUUAUCGAUCGCUGCAGACUAUCUGCUCUUGGUUCAAACAUCAGGGAUACACAGAGAGGUCCAUUCCAACACACAGAGAAAUUCAGGAGGCUCUAGUUGAUGCCGGUGACAAACCAGCCUCAUUUGUGGGAUCACGGCAAUGGAUUGGAUCUAUUGAGGUACAGCUGGUACUAAACCAAUUGAUUGGUAUAACUUCAAAAAUACUGUUUGUCAGCCAAGGUUCAGAAAUGGCAUCCCAAGGACGGGAGCUGGCUAAUCAUUUCCAGAGUGAAGGCACACCAGUAAUGAUCGGGGGAGGAGUUUUGGCCCACACAAUACUAGGAGUUGCAUGGAAUGAGAUUACAGGGCAGAUAAAAUUUCUGAUUCUAGACCCACAUUAUACAGGUGCUGAAGAUCUGCAAGUUAUUUUGGAAAAGGGCUGGUGUGGAUGGAAGGGCCUAGACUUUUGGAACAAGGAUGCUUACUAUAACUUAUGUCUUCCUCAGCGACCAAAUACUAUUUAAAUUAUCUUGGACUUCAAAACUGUAAAAAAGUGGUAUUAUAAAUCUGUUAAUAAAAAAUUAUUUAAAUUACAU